AUGGCAACAAAUCUACCCCAGUCAAAGACAAAUUUGAUCAGCGGACAACAAAAACCCCAGAAAAGGAAGAGAAUUGUGAUGUCCUGUACCGAAUGCCAUCGGCGCAAGCAAAAAUGUGAUCGCCAGUAUCCAUGCUGCAACUGCAUCAAGCGAGGAACGCAGGGUCUUUGCCAUUAUGAAGCAGAAACGAAGGGCUGCCAGGCAACGCGGAGCCGUUCCGGUGAAAGUGGCCCUUCAGAAACCAACUCUAGCACCGAUAUAGUACCUCUGUGCCCACUUGAUAGACCAGACCCUGAGUGGACUAGUGAGUUUCGGGACCAAAUCCGAGAUUUUGGAUACUCCUGCCACGGUAAUCACCACUCUAUGAGCCUAUUGCGCACCACGGAGAUGUGUGGAGGCCAGGGUACUGGUUUAUUUAACUCACCUGCCACAAACAUACCUAGUUUCAGAAGUGAUGCAGAUCAUAAGUAUAAAGGGUUAGUCCGGCGGCUGCCUUUACAGGCCUACAUUGAUAUCUUGAUCCAAACGUUUUUCUCCGAUAUCAAUUGGCAGUAUGACCUACUCGACGAAGAAUCCUUUAGAGAGCACCUAGCCGAAUGGCGAAAGAUCUCAUACUCUGACCUCGAAAGGGGCUUCCGAAGAUUGGCGCUAGAAACCAUUGUGUUUCCAGCACUACUGUUCCAAGUCCUCGCACACGCGCUUCUCUUUCACCCUCCUCAUGAUGCAGCGAUCAAUUCUCUCAUGACUAUGGCCAACAUGACCUUCUAUGACCUUGGGUCCGAAUAUAGCGAUAUAGGUGCUGAUUUACUUGCACUUUUGGGGAAAACAGAUAUCUCAAUCGCCACGGUACAAGCAGAUUUGCUACGAGCCUCUUUCUUAAAGAGUAGUGGCAAAGUUGUUGAAGCCUGGCAUGCACUUGGGACAACAAUCCGUGAUGCACAAGAAAUUGGCCUACAUACCGGGCGAAUUGUAUCCGGGCAAUUCCCAGUUCGGCCGAGGCACGCGGGACAAAAUAUCAGUCUCGUUGGUCACAAAAUUUGGGUAGUUGUACAUAUUUGGGACGUCCACAUGGCUGUCGUUCUCGGUCGACCCAUUUCAACAGAUCUCCAAAUAGAUCGCUUCGCUCGCACUAUAGAAGACGAUGAAAGACGGCGGGAAUUGUUCUCGCAUUGGCAAACCGAGACUGACCUUCCUCGACCAUUUGACAUCAUUCUCGCCGGAUAUAAUGUGGCCUAUCGAUAUUUCAAGGACAUUCACCAAAUGGAACAUAACGGUGCUGAGGCCCAAGACUAUCCCGUAGUCGAACGCAUUCAUGCCGCAAUCAAGAAAAAUUUAGAACUUUUACCCUCUUGGUGCCGUCUGGAAAACCCAGAUACGAAGUUCGAUCGAUUACACGGGUGUCAAUGGCUACCUAGUGCCCGAGAAGGACUAUCUUCGCUCAUUCACCUUGUUCUUCUCGCACUUCAUCGACCCUUUAUAUUCUCUUUUGCCGACAGUCGCACAAAGGCCCUCGAGGCUGGAAUAUCUAUUCUUCGUGCACAGGAACGACUAUUUCAACAAACAGAGCCGCACCAGUGCAAGGUGUUUAAUCCAGUCUACGCUUCUUUCGAUGCUAUUGUUCUUGUUACAGCAGUCUUUCUCGUCUUUCCGAAUAUGUAUCACGAACGACGAACAGAGUGUGUCAACGUCAUUGAAAGAGGGAUACAAAGACUAGACAUCAUUGGUCAAUCGAAUUACAUGGCAAAGUCAGCACAUAGCGUUGUUUGCAGCUUGCACCGUCGCCUUAGAUAUCGGCCCGGAACCUCCGAAACCGCCGAAGAUGCUAGAGCAUUUUUCAGCGACUCCCAAUGGACCUCUCCCAACAGAGAUACAUAUCCCUCUAAUGGGAUUUCAUCGGACCUCCCGUUUGAUGCCGUUCUACCUCCGCGUCCCAUCCACGACCUGUUCUUCGAUCAUAUCUCAAGUUCACAAAUCCCUGUCAUGGAUACCCCGGACAGUUUGCCCUUGGACCCGCUUACUAUGAACCUUACAGAUAGUUGGAAUUUUGAAGGUACCUUUUCAGAUUCCAGCUUUUGGGGUUUGAUAAACGAGCUUGAUCAUUGA